AUGGAUGCUUCUUCUUUGGAGGAGUUGGUAUUUGAUCCAUCGAAGUGCAGUAAGUUGAGUAUGGAGCAAAAGAGAGUAGUAGUCUAUGAGUUGUCGAAGUGGUCAGAUGGUGCAGCAGAUAUUCUACAAGCAUGGAGCCGUCAAGAUAUCUUGCAAAUCCUCUGUGCAGAGCUCGGGAAAGAAAGGAAGUAUACGGGCUUAACAAAGUUAAAGAUAAUCGAGCAUCUUUUGAAAGUCGUGUCUGACAAGAAAUCCCUGGAGCGAGGAACUGAAAAUCUCCCUGAAACACGGCCUCUAUUAGACAAUGGUGAAAGGACUCCCAAACGGCAAAGGAAAUCUGACAAUCCGAAUCACUUGCUUUCUGCAGCAGAUACUGAUGCAUCUAACAUUGCUGAUGGUGAUUUAAUUAAUACCACAUACUGCAAAAAUUCAGCUUGUAAAGCUAAACUGAAUCGUGAAGAUUUGUUUUGCAAAAGGUGUUCGUGCUGCAUUUGUCUACAGUAUGAUGACAACAAGGACCCAAGCCUGUGGUUAGUUUGCAGCUCAGACCCUCCUUUUCAAGGCAAGUCAUGUGGCAUGUCAUGUCACCUUGAAUGUGCCCUGCGGCACGAAAAAUCUGGCAUCACUAAUAAUAGGCAGGAUAAGGGACUUGAUGGGAACUUUUUUUGUGUAUAUUGUGGAAAGGUGAAUGAUUUGCUCAGCUUAUGGAGAAAGCAACUAACAGUGGCUAGGGACACGAGGCGUGUGGAUAUAUUGUGCUAUAGACUCUCCCUAAGCCAAAAGAUUCUUGCCGGAACUAAGCAUUACAAAAAUCUAUAUGGAAUCAUAGAUGAAGCAGUGAAAAAGCUUGAAGAAGAUGUCGGUCCUUUAACUGGUUUACCUGUGAAGACAGCAAGAGGGAUUGUAAACCGGCUUUCUUCAGGACCAGAAGUUCAGAGAUUAUGUGCUUCUGCUGUAGAUUCUUUCAACUUGAGGCUUUCUAACAGGGUGUCUGAUAUACCUUCUGAUAGCACUAUGCUUGCUGCAAAACUUGUCAGAUUUGAAGAUAACAACAUUAGGGAGAUAGAAAUGCAUCAAGCCCAGUUCCAGACGGGUAAUUCUCCAAGUGAAGUAGCAAAUAUAAAUUCUACGAACGUGGAAGUAGAACAAAGUCAAAGUCCGGCCACAAACUGUAGCACCCUUUCUAAUCCUUCUUCGGUGGAAGAUGAAACUAACAAUGUCAUCCCAUGCAGCAACAGGGAUGAGACUAGGGUUGAUAAUUAUCUUGCAUUUUGCAGAAGUGCCGAUAAAUUUUCUUGUACAAAUUUUCUCAAUGACACCAUCAACUGCUCAGAGAGCCAAAAGGAGACAACGAGAGAUGCAGUCUCUUUAUUGGACGAGGAACAAAAACAAAACAAAAAUGCUGUAAAUGUGAAAAACAAAGACACGUCUGAAGGACAGAUGGUCGAGGAAAUGAGCACUGGUGACCUGUCAAAUAUCCCUAGUCGGGCUGCUUUGGAAUGUGUGCCGUAUGUGGGUAGUUCAGAAAAUGGCUUGCCGAUCACCCCUUGCAAGUUGGAGAAUGCGAAAGAUGGGAAUGGAAGGAUGAACAGCAGACCUAAACAUGGCGAGAGGAGUGUGGAUAAUGCAUCUGCAAGGGAGAAGGAAUCCUCUAAGAAGAAAAGUGACGAAAGAGACGAAGAUUGUACUGAUAUUGGAGACAAGAAUUUUGAGUAUUAUGUCAAGGUAAUCCGAUGGUUAGAAUGUGAUGGUCUUAUAGAAACAUCGUUUAGGCAGAAAUUUUUGACUUGGUACAGCCUGACAGCAACACCUCAAGAGAUGAGGGUUGUUAAAGCAUUCAUCGAUACAUUUAUUGAAGAUCCAGCAUCUCUUGCUGGACAAAUUGUGCACACCUUUUCUGAUGUUAUUUCAAACAAGAAAAGAUGUUCAAAAGUGCCAGCAGGUUUUUGCUUGAAGCUAUGGCAUUAA